CUCUAUGGUUUCAGUUUUGACUAAAAUGAAGAAGAAAAAUACAAAAUAACAAUGACAAAUCUUAUUCAAGCAUUUCACACCUCGAGAUGCUCCUCUUGUACCUGUAACUUUUAUCGCACCAAUUCAGCAGUGCAACCAGAGAGAAGAAGGAGAGGGGUCAAGCAGACCAUCUGUAGAUCUGCUGUAAUCCCUAUUGUUAAUUAAAAUAUGGCACAUAUUAAUCAAAGCCAAGGAAUAGGAGAGCCAGUAGAUUUUUUGACGAGAUAUCACAAUAUCUCGAAUAAAUUAAAAAAACGAUUUUUGAGGAAACCAAACGUUGCAGAAGCAUGUGAACAAUUUAGUGCUUUAGCUACUGAAUGUGAACAAAAGGAAUUAUGGCAAUAUGCAGGAUUGUGUUGGCUGGCAGCUGCUAGAUGUCAAGGUACAUUAGAGAAUAUGUCUUCUGAAAUAAAUCUCUUAAUAAAAGCAGGAAGACAAUUUCUCACAGCUGAAAAAAAAGACAAUGAUAUAGGAUGUUCUUCUAUAGGCCAAGAAAACAUACAGGCUGCUGUAAGUUGUUUUAGUCACUCCAUAGUCAGAUGCAAUAAUCAACCAGGUUUUAAUACAAUAUCGGCAGGUUUAUCAGUAGAGUUAGCAUUAGCAUUGGGUCCAAGUCCUGCUGGUGUUCAACAGCUACGUAAAGCAAUUGAUAUUUUCCCUACAUCUAAGGCUAUCAACACCCUGGUGUCAUUCUACAUAAGACAAGGAGAUUAUGUAACUGCACUACAAAUAGUAAACGAAUUUGUAGAAUUUGUGGAAGCUUAUGUCGUGGCUGGUGCUAGGGGAAACUAUAAUGCUAUCUUGCACAAGUGUGAAGUGACACGAGUGUUGCUGUUACUCAUUCUUCAACCAUCGCCACAGAGACUAACACCUUCCCUUGCUCAAGUUCUUGAAAAAUAUGCAUGGAUAGAAGAAAAUGUAAACAACGGUCUCAAUAUGAGUGAGGAUGAAUUAUUAUUACUACAGUCCUUGGUGCUAGCAUGUCAGUCUCAUGAUUAUCAAGCAGUAUUAGACCUGGAGAGCGAAUUAUAUCCUUACUUGGAUACUGAGCAAAAGGAAUUAUUGCACAAAUUGAUACAAGUAUUAUCGACACAGUAAAUAUGCAGCGAGAGAAUUCGACGCAACUUUUUUUUCUUUCCUUCAACAUCGCGAUACAUUUGGUAUUUUCUGUUGUGGAUCGAUGCUCUCCUUAUAACGUCCACUAUUCAGCAAAUACUGCCCUCGUGCGCACAAAGCUUCGCGCCGUGCCGUACAUGUAACCCGUCGAAAUCGAAAAUCGGAGCACAUUUCUCAAGACGAGCGGAGGAUGCUUCCCGGCUCCUCGUCUUUCUCCUUUUUCGCGCGAUUACGUUAUUAGUCUCCUCGAAACAGGUUCCUGCAGCUAGACAAGCGAUUGCUCAACGUCGAGGCCGACGAUGAGUCGCUUUCUUACAAAUCGGAUAGUGUUGUAAGUGGCGAAUGCGGCCGACGUAACUUGGUAGCGAAGCUCGCUUCGUGUGAUCUCGUUCACGGCAUAAGCGGCAGGUUUGUGUGAAAGGUGAAGAAGGAACUCUUUAGAUGAGAAUCAUAUAACGAAGCGAAGCAGAACUGGAAGGAAGGGCAUAGUAUGCGUAUACCGGUACGACGAUGUAUACGGGGGCAUUGUAGAGGAGGGGAUGUCUCGCGUCCCACGAUAAAGUCUUUCGUUCCUCCACGGCUACUAUUCAAGACAGAGGCUCAGUCAUCGCGCGAAAGUUCUCCGGAGUCCUUCGGAUUGAAAUCGUUGCGUUCCGCUCAAUUAUCUAGCAUUUGAACCUUGGGUCGAGGUAAUAAUUUUUCCAUUAUAUUGCUCAACUUCCUUAUAAGAGGUCCCGUGUAAACCUCUACUGACUCUGCGUAACGAAUGAAAUAUUAAAGAUAGUAUGUACAUUGACGAAAAAUUCCAGGAGCGACGCGUCGGUCUGAUCAUUCAGACGUGAGUAAUAGACAGGUUCUUCGCGCGAACAAUCUCUCGUGACUUGAGUGAAAAAUCGACCCCAAGGACGCCUAACAAUUCCUCAAUUUAAAAGUCAAGGUCUGACUGAGAAAGAGACUCACAAGUCUCGUUUGAAAAAUCACCCGAACGUUGCAAGAACGAACGAAAUCGGAGAUUAAUUAAUUAUGAUAAUACUUAAGUUAGAUCAUAUAUCUUCAAAUAUCGUUAAAUGAUGAUUUGCAAUAAAAUUCGCUCGUGACUUUGAUAAAUUAAAAAAACUUCCAGUUAUACGCAUUGUAUGUGAUGUAGACACAAAUAUAUGCAACACUCGAAAGUGCGAGUUUCCGAGACAUUUAAAAUUUAAUCAAUCAAAUUCUAAUUGCUCGCUGUAGAAGAGAUACAAGACAAUUUUAUGUACGAGCAGAUAUUACUUACCGUGUGCGCGUCGUUCCUUCGUAUUUUCGUCAAACGGUACAAAUACAACACUGCGUUCGCGCUGCUAAUGAAUUACCACGUGUUUCGGUGACCUUGAACUCUUUACUCACCUGAAGGAAGGUGAAUGCCCCAAGCAGCUGCGUUUAUCCGCUUGCAAGUGUGGUGUUUCUCUAUAGAUAAGUCCGGCCCUUCAAUGGUUGUUUGCUAUCUCACCAAAA